AUGGCUCCUCUACAAUUCAGCCAUCUUUUGCUUGUAGCACGGUUUCCAUCACCUGGAAAGUGCAAAACACGUCUCAUUCCAAGACUGGGAGCAGAAGGUGCCAGCGUGUUUGCGCUUGCAGCUCUUUCUGACUUGCUUCAUCUGUUCGCGGGAUUGCCUGUGCGGAAAACUCUUCUCUUUACUCCGGAUGAAGAGCGUCCUGCUCUGAUGAGGUUUUUGCAGGAAGAAGGCUUAUCGUCAACGUGGAACAUUCAUCCACAGAUAGCUGGCGUUGAACUUGGCGCCCGUCUCAGUGGUGGUUUAGAGUAUAUACAGCGGCUCAGUGACGAUCACCAAGCAUCUGUAACAUUUAUCGGCAUGGACUGCUUCGAUCUGACUGCGGAUCGAGUUCGAGGCUCAAUAGCUCUCGUGACGCCGAGCAAGGCACACAUAUUGCCAGCGCGUGAUGGAGGAUAUGUACUUCUCAGCAUCCCUUUGAGAUGUAGUGGCAAUGUAUUUGAUGGAAUUCCUUGGUCUUCUGAUCAGACAGGCGACGCGCAAGUUAAAGCGUUGACUGCGAACGGUAUUUCUUGUGAGGUUGGAGAUACGUUGGACGACGUUGACGAACCAGAAGACCUCGAUCGCCUCUGGCGUACGCAGGACCAGAAGUCGACGUUGUACCCAAGAACGAUGAAAUUCCUGGCAAGCAUCUUUGGCGACGAGGUGCGAUAG